CCGUCUGUCAUCUUUCACAUUCAUAAAAAAUAAAAAAAAAAAUUAGAAGAAAAAUAAGUUCAUCAUACAUCUUCUGCUCUUUAUUAAAUAAUUUUUAAGAAAAUUUCUUAAAAAUGGAAAGAAUUGUGAAUUACAGCAGCGAAGAAGAAUAUGAAGAUUCUCCCAAAAGAAAUGCGGCUGAACGCUGUCCGGUGCUUGAAAUCGACCCGAACAAGCGGAAUAAAGGAGAUUCUUCUAGCCGUCAUCCCAAAGAAGAGAAUAUACGAGACAGAAAUCAGGGUUCCUCGCUUCAUCGAGAUCGAGACAACAACAAGGAAUCAUCACAAAAUGUCUAUAGAAAGAAUUCUCACAAAGAAGAAAGUAAUCGAAGCUCAAGGCCGUCAUCAAGUAGAGACCAGCACUAUCAUCGCGACGACAGGCGUACUGAAAGAUCUCACGAAAAGAAAAGAGACUCAAAAGACGAUCGCAGGCGAAAGGACAACCAUCGAGAACGUGAUCGGGACUAUGAGCAUCGCGAGCUAGAUAGGGAUCGUCGUGAUCGUUCUGACAAACAUCGUCGUGACAGAUAUGGCAAAGAUAAUUCACACCGUGAGAAAGGCAAACGAAGAAGAUCAUCAGAUUCUCCCACACCGAGUAGCAAAGAUCACAAUACGUCAAGCAGCAGUCGCCAUCGCAAUCGUUCGAGGUCACGUUCGCCAUCUAAAGACAAACGAACAAUUGUAUCAACACCACCUGCAAGUGGUGUCGGAAAACACCAAAAAUACGAACCGAAAGAAGAACCAACUGCUACAACCUCAGUAUCUCAAAACAAAAACGUCCCAACUAACUUGCAAGCGGUUCUUAGUCCACCACUCAGUGAUGAAGCUCCAAAAACAUCAGCAAUUGUUAUAAACAAAACAGACGGUACCCCGAUUGCACUCCCCACUUAUUACAACCCCAAUAUCAUCAAUCCAACCAAAUAUGCAGAACAAGUGCAAAAGAGAAAACUUAUAUGGGGAGCUAAAAAGGCUGAGGACACAUCGGCUAAAUGGGGACAUGCGACAUUCUCAGAGGACUCUGAUGGUAAGGUUGCAUCCAAAUUUAUGCGCCUAAUGGGUAUUAAAUCUGCGCCCAAGCCCGGCGAUAGUCCAGCGAAUGCUCCAGUAGCCGAGAAAAAGGGUCCCGAUGUUAAGUCAAGACAAGCAAUGUUUUCUAACAUGGAACAGCAGUAUGAAGUUGCCCGACAAGUUACACACACAAUGCGAGGAGUCGGCUUGGGCUUUGGUUCCCAAUCGCGACAGUAUUAGAUAAUAAGUUGUUACAAAUAAAUUAUGUAUAUGAAAAUUAACCAAAAAAAAUAAGAGAGUUAAUUAAAAAGAAAUAAUUUUUUGUGAUCUUGAUUCACAAUACAAAAAAGUA